GCCACCGUAGAGGGGUCUUGAAAACAAUGUCAAAAGUGAGGCCGUACUUCUAUUUUUUUUUUUUUUUACCCGAGAUGCCUUAUGAAGUUAACUGAGGACACAAAGAGGGCGGCGGGGUAUUAAGGACACGAACGAGAGAUCACUUAUAAGCGAAGGCGAAACGCGGACACCGAUCUGACCGUGGACAGAGCGCGUCUGUUUGACGGGCGGACGUUACACUGGAGACGACGAUGUGCCGUGGAGAAGUCGGUUACCCGAUCUAUUAACGCAUCACCGGGACAGACUCGACAGCCGACUGUCUGGCCCCUCUUAAUGCAACGAGGCUGACAGCAGCAGCCAUGUUGGCAAGGGCAACUCUGAGCAGAGGAAUUACUUCUCUCCGCCUCAGUAAGAAUGUCACUUUGUACAUGAAUGAAUUAGUAUCUCCAGCCUCAGGAUGUAAGACCCCGGCCUCGGAAGACCAUAAACCCCUCAUGCUGAUGCUGCCAUGGCUGGGUUCCCGUCCCCAAGCUUUGGCCAAGUACUGUGAAAUCUACUUCCGCACCGGCUUCGAUGUGCUUGUGGUGGAGAGUGAGGUGCAAGAGUUCCUGUGGCCUCGCUGGGGUCUGGAUCGUGGGAAGACAGUGCUGGAUUUGCUCCAGAGUGAACGCUUUGUGUCCCGCCCACUACUUGUCCAUGGCUUCUCAAUCGGUGGCUUCAUGUUUAGCCAGCUGCUGGUACAUGUGUCCCAGGACACGCAGAAAUAUCAGUCACUCACAAAGAGGAUCAAAGGUCAAGUCUUCGAUAGCUUGGUGGUGGGAUCUCUGGAGAGAAUGGCCACAGGUCUAGGUAAGACUGUAUUUCCUCGUUUUGACACUCUGGUAAAGAAAGUAUGCAUGCUUUACUUUGGUAUGUUCAAACAAAAAACGGUGCACUACUAUGACACAAGCAUUAAAGUGUUUUGGAACACUCCCCUCUCCGCCCCUGCGCUGUUCUUCUUUUGCGAGAACGAUCCGCUGAGCGACUCACAAAAUUUGGAGGAGUUGAUCGAUCACUGGCGCAAGCGUGGGAUAAACAUCACAGCAAAGAAGUGGGAGGAUUCAACACAUGCAGGUCACCUGAGGAGACACCCACAAGAGUAUCUGACCACACUGGAACUGUUCCUCCAUUCACUCAACAUCACUCAGCUGAAGGCCAAGAUGUAGGAUGGUUUCAUUGCAACCUAAUUUGACAUUAGCUUGACUUUUUCUGUUUUCUGUGUUUGACCUUAAACAUUUGUUACUUUGGGAAAUACAUUAAUUAAGGUAUGUUUAACUUAAAUUAUACUGUUAAUUGUUAUCCAUUCCAAGCUAUUUGUGAAGAUGAGUGCAGACCGAGUUUAGUGGAAAGAUGUGAACACUAUAGCACAAGCACAUAUACUGUCGGCGAAAGAAGGCAAAGGAAUGUGUAUACAAGUUUCCUUACAGGCAAUUUCAACCUACUUUACAUUAUAGUGUAUUGCAGAAAUUACUAAUACUAAACAACUUAGGCUUAUGCACAUCUGUUACCUAAAAAUGUUUAAUUUUGAGUGGAAAGUUGAGUUUGUGAUAAAACCAGUCUGUGUGAGACUCAUUGUCUCCGCAAACUUCAUCACCACAAUAUCUGACUACAUGAAGUCCGAUAAACCACCCCAGUGGUCAAAUUCACUCCACUUAAUAUCUCAUAUCUGUUUACAGUUGCAUAGACAACUGCUGACCUCAUCUUUUAGCACCAAAAAAAUGUGCAAAAUGUAAAUGUCAUUGCUAUUUAUUCCUGAUGAUUGUUUACACUCAGUACAUUUUUGAAAGAUUGUAAAUUUGCUGGUUUUGUAACUUUCUAUGGGAAUUUCUUUGUCACACAGGAAGUACUGCAGUCUUGUUGCUGGCAGUAGGGGGUAGUUUUGCAUACACAAUUGGAAAAUUAGUAAUAAGCAUGAAUACAGCUGAAAGACAUUAAUAGAGCUUAAAAUUCCUAAACCUCACGAACAGAAACUAAAACAAACAUUCUACUAAUGAAUGAACUGUCUGUUGAGGUUGGUUGUUGAAUGUUGUUGUUUAAUGUGAAAUGGUGCCUUAAAAAUUGUAAACUGUAUCUCAUAACUUGAACCUUUCACACAUUUCAGGAAUUUUUUUCCAAACUUUUUUUUGUUACAUUUUCUCUUCUUUGUGCUUUAGAAAUAAAUAUGAGAUCAUCUUUUUGA